AGCCAUUUUGGCUCCAAAAAGAACUUGUGACGAUACACUUGGAGCCCUUCUGAUGUGCGACAUGAGCUACAGCAGAGCUUGGCCGACCACGUGUGGCACGCCCUCUGUGCCAGCGGCCGGGCACUCCCAAAUGCAAAUGGGACAAAGCGUCCAGGCUCAGAAUGUUCAGCCGGUGAUGUGCCAGCCAGUGCAACCCUGGCGUCAAAACAAAGAAUCGCAGCCAUACAACGUCUUGGACAUGCAUGAGGUGACCAACGCAGUGGAGAGUUUGUACAUGGAUGAGUUGAAACCUUAUGGCCGCAUUUUGCGAAAGCGUCUCGCAGAGAGAGCCGCAUCAAUGGGCUUUACCAACUUGGACGUUGACAUCAAACGUUUGAAGAGUGUUUGUGAUACCUGCCCCUGGAUUUAUGUCCAAGCUGAAGAGGGCGGUGACUGGUCAGCUUUGCUGUGCUCUCGCAGCAUGAGUUCCUUUGUGGAUGUCUACAGCCCCCAAGAUUUCUAUCCCCAGAAGAUGUGGCAAGCGGCCGAGAUGUACUUCGAGAGCUUGGAUGAUGCUCAUAUGGUCUUACCUGGCGGGAGGUACUCGUGUGCUCAAGCGCUGGUGUCGCGCGGAUUGGAUUUCUUGAAGGGACGUUCUCUCGGGCAGGUUUGUCACAUCGUGCAGUUGGCCAUUUCGCAGAAGAAGUUGCUCGGCUAUUUGAACGGCGCAGUGGUCCCCUACAAGCGCUCCCAGUCCAUGAUCAAGGAACGAUGUGCGGAGAAGCAGCGGCCCUGCACCAACACCACGCGAAGCAGCGGCUCUGACCUGGCAGAUUGGGAGAAGGUGAAGAAUGGUCUCAAAGAGAUCCUGCUGGGUUUGGCCCCCACAGCGAGUACCAUUCCCCUGUCCAAUGUGAAGCGCCUUUUCCGUUCGCGGUACCACACCGAGCUGUCAGAGACCGCCUUGGGGCAUUCGAAGCUCUCGGAGUUGUUGCAGGAUCCGAGGUUGAAGGACAUUUGUCAUGUGCGGCUCCAGGGUCAUGGUUAUGUUGUGGGCCCUUCACCCGCGUGCCAGCCAAACCAAGCUCAUCUCAAAGCUCCCCAGUCAAACCCGAACCAGCACUUUCAAUAUCACACUCAUCAGCAACCUUUGAUGCAAGUACCCGUGGCCCCGGCUCCAGUGCAAGGCCGCAUGACAAAUGUGUCUCAUGUGCCCCAUAGCAAUUUUGGCCUUCAGCCUCAUUUGUCUGUUGCAGCAGCAGGGGCUGCAGCUGCAUCGACGACGAUUGCUGCUGCUUGCCGAGCAGCAGACCCACAGCCCAGCUACCAGUCCAAGCAGUUUUACACCGGCCCCCAGCCAACCAACGAUCGCCCCACCUUGCGCGACCGUGCCCGUUUCGUUCAACCGUUGUCAAUGGAAGAUGUGGAGGCAGAGGCGCCAAGCCGAGCUGUCCAACCCCAUCAAAGCUGGAGGCCUUCAUCUCCAACACGAUCCCUUCGUGACCGAUGGGAAUCGAGCCACCAGAUCGGUUUGGUGGCGGAUGAGGCCCCCAACCAUGUGCCGGGCAUGGUGCCUGAGAGCACUCCACAUCCUUUGAUGCCACCCACUCCAGACACGCCGGGCUUCCCUAAAUGGCCAAUGUUGACUCCAAACCAGAUGGACGGCAUGGGCAUCAGUGUCCAGAACACCUUCCUCAACUACAAUAUCCCUGCGACUCCAUGCCAGGGCCGUUCCCAGUCCUUGCCCCGCAACGCCCUGCGGACCGGGGACGAGCCCGACUUGUCAAAGUCAGAGGGUGUCGGAGGGGUGGCUCCAGCCAACCGCUUGAUUGCCGCUGCCCACGCGGCCGUGGCAGACCCCAUGCCUGGCCAGAAAGCGCCGAUGGCAGGCUAUACCCAAAGCUACAGCUCCAGCUCCUCUGGCCCGAAUGGGCCACAAGGGGGACCUGGCAAUCAUUGGGAGAUCCGUUUGGCUGACCUCCUUUGAGACGUGCCAGUCGGAAGAACCGAGGAGCAUAAGGAGCCCAGUCCAUGCACUAGGACAAACCUCGAUUUGAUGCUGCCGAGCCUCAGCAGACCUGGUGCAAUGAAAGUCUCGACUUUCGACACACCGCAGGUUGACGAGAUGUCGAUUCUGAACUGAGCGCGUCGGCUUAGUUUUCCAAGGCUUGUGCACAGCGACAAAUCUUUUAUGGUGGUAAUUCCCAAGCUUCUUGGAGCUUCUUUGUGGGUCUUUUGCUCCCU